AUGACAAACCAGGAAAAGUGGGCACACCUCAGCCCCUCAGAAUUUUCCCAACUACAAAAAUAUGCUGAGUAUUCUACAAAGAAAUUGAAGGAUGUUCUUGAAGAAUUUCAUGGUAAUGGUGUGCUUGCAAAGUAUAAUCCUGAAGGGAAACAAGACAUUCUUAACCAAACCAUAGAUUUUGAAGGUUUCAAGUUAUUUAUGAAGACGUUUCUGGAAGCUGAACUUCCUGAUGAUUUCACAGCACACCUUUUCAUGUCAUUUAGUAACAAGUUUCCUCGCUCUAGUCCAAUGGUAAAGAGUAAACCUGCUCUCCUUUCAGGUGGUCUGAAGAUGAAUAAAGGUACCCUCAACUCUCCCCGUACUUCUCCUGCAAAUACAAGUUCCCCUGAAGUGAUCCACCUGAAGGACAUUGUCUGUUACCUGUCUCUUCUUGAAAGAGGAAGACCCGAGGAUAAGCUUGAGUUUAUGUUUCGCCUUUAUGAUACGGAUGGAAAUGGCUUCCUGGACAGCUCGGAGCUAGAAAACAUCAUCAGUCAGAUGAUGCACGUAGCAGAGUACCUUGAAUGGGAUGUCACUGAACUUAAUCCAAUCCUCCAUGAAAUGAUGGAAGAAAUUGACUAUGAUCAUGAUGGAACAGUUUCUCUGGAGGAGUGGAUACAAGGAGGAAUGACCACAAUUCCACUUCUUGUCCUUCUGGGCUUGGAAAAUAACGUGAAGGAUGAUGGACAGCAUGUGUGGAGACUCAAGCACUUUAACAAACCUGCCUACUGCAAUCUCUGCCUGAACAUGCUGAUCGGUGUGGGGAAGCAGGGUCUGUGCUGCUCCUUUUGCAAGUAUACAGUCCAUGAACGCUGUGUGGCCAGAGCACCGCCCUCUUGCAUCAAGACCUAUGUGAAGUCCAAGAAGAACACUGAUGUCAUGCACCAUUACUGGGUUGAAGGCAACUGCCCGACCAAGUGUGAUAAGUGCCACAAAACAGUGAAAUGUUACCAGGGCCUGACAGGACUGCAUUGUGUAUGGUGUCAGAUUACACUGCAUAAUAAAUGUGCUUCUCAUCUAAAACCUGAAUGUGACUGUGGACCUCUGAAGGACCAUAUUUUACCACCCACAACAAUCUGUCCAGUGGUACUGCAAACUCUUCCCACAUCAGGAGUUUCAGUCUCUGAGGAAAGAAUAACGACAGUGAAAAAGGAAAAGGGUGGUUCUCAGCAGCCAAACAAAGUGACUGACAAGAACAAAAUGCAAAGAGCCAACUCUGUUACCAUGGAUGGACAAGGCCUACAGAUUACUCCUGUUCCUGGUACUCACCCUCUUUUAGUUUUUGUGAACCCCAAAAGUGGUGGGAAACAAGGAGAACGAAUUUACAGAAAAUUCCAAUAUCUACUAAAUCCUCGUCAGGUUUACAGCCUUGCUGGAAGUGGACCAAUGCCAGGGUUAAACUUUUUCCGUGAUGUUUCUGACUUCAGAGUCUUAGCCUGUGGUGGAGAUGGAACCGUGGGGUGGAUCUUGGACUGCAUAGAAAAGGCCAAUGUAGCCAAGCAUCCUCCAGUUGCCAUUCUGCCUCUAGGGACCGGCAAUGAUCUAGCAAGAUGCCUGCGAUGGGGAGGAGGUUAUGAAGGUGAGAAUCUGAUGAAAAUCCUAAAAGAUAUUGAAAACAGCACAGAAAUCAUGUUGGACCGGUGGAAAUUUGAAGUCAUACCUAAUGAUAAAGAUGAAAAGGGAGACCCAGUGCCUUACAGUAUCAUCAAUAAUUACUUUUCCAUUGGCGUGGAUGCUUCCAUUGCACACAGGUUCCACAUCAUGAGAGAAAAACACCCAGAAAAAUUCAAUAGUAGGAUGAAGAAUAAAUUUUGGUAUUUUGAGUUUGGCACCUCUGAAACUUUCUCAGCCACCUGCAAGAAACUACAUGAAUCUGUAGAAAUAGAAUGUGAUGGAGUACAGAUAGAUUUAAUAAACAUCUCUCUGGAAGGAAUUGCUAUCUUGAACAUACCGAGCAUGCAUGGAGGAUCCAAUCUUUGGGGAGAGUCUAAGAAAAGACGAAGCCACCGCCGGAUAGAGAAAAAAGGGUCUGACAAAAGGCCCACACUCACAGAUGCCAAAGAGCUGAAGUUUGCAAGUCAAGAUCUGAGUGAUCAGCUGCUAGAGGUGGUUGGCUUGGAAGGAGCCAUGGAGAUGGGACAAAUAUACACAGGCCUGAAAAGUGCUGGGCGGCGCCUAGCCCAGUGUUGCUCGGUGGUCAUCAGGACCAGCAAGUCUCUGCCAAUGCAGAUAGAUGGAGAACCAUGGAUGCAGACCCCAUGCACAAUAAAAAUUACCCACAAGAAUCAAGCCCCAAUGCUGAUGGGCCCUCCUCCAAAAACCGGGUUGUUCUGCUCCCUCGUCAAAAGAACAAGAAACCAAAGCAAGGAAUAA